AACAUUUAAGAGGAUCUGAGGGUUUUAACCAUGUCAGACAUUUAAGACUGGAGCAAAGCCAUUCAGUGAUGUUAAAACCAAUAAAAGAAUUUUAAAAUUGAGCACACUUACGUCAAUGUUGUAUCUGCUGCGAAUGCUUGUCCUUAGAGCAAUCAUGGCGCCAGGAAGGAAGGGCAGGCAGCAGCUGUCCCCAUUGUCCUGAGCCACCUUACAGCCCAGGAUACAAGGGAGAAACGUUGCACAAAGACCUAGAGAUGCCGCAGUCUUCACAGCAGUCGCACACAUUUGAACUCCAAUCUGACAAUCCGGAGGACAACGUGUACUGUGUGACUGUUACCUGAGGCUGCGAGCUAAUCACAUUUGACUGGAAUGCCAUUGCUGUCACAUCAGAAAGGCACCUAAACAAGCCAAAAAGGCGUCUGAGUUUCCCAAGUUAGUCCCAAGUGUGGUAUUAUGGACACAUCUUUUUCCCCUUAAAUAGGCACUUUCGAAAAGUAAGAUGAGCAAGCAUGGUCUUCCUUCCACACCUCCAUGUGCUCACCAGAUUACAUGCAGACAUGCUGUACACAAGACUGACUUAAACAAUAUGAUUCUGUGCGGUAUUGCACUGUUCAUCAUACAAACAAGUUGAAUAUGACAGACUGAAGCAAAACAUCAGUGAUGUUGCACAAUAAUAGAAUUUACCAGAAGACCUUCAGUCGGGACAGAAGUAACCGCAAGAGUGUUCAGUUCCUCACACAUUUAAUACAUUAGUUGUUUUUGAAAAGAAAUCGUGUAGUUAUACUGAAAGGACAAUUUAGGACAUUCUGUCCAUCCUAUCUCUCUCUGGUCUGUGGAAGGACCUUUUUGUCUCUCUCUACACCGCUGACGUGUUUGCUCAUAUCAGGCAUCUGCAGGAAAGUGUCAAAUCACAAUCAAGAAUAAUUUAACAGGUUCAAGCUGCUUUAACAGAGCAUAAGAGAGAUUUAAAUGUAUUUGUUUUUACUACCAGUGUACUCUUGCAUGAUACCAUUUGAGUUUUUAGUUUGUCCAAAGCAUCUCUAAUAAUAAGCACUAAGUUGUAAUUUUCAUGUUUGCCAUGCAAUAGUCUAUGUCAUUAACUUUAACCGCAUAGAUGAAAACAAUGAUGAAUUAAUUUCCUGUUGUGUUCUAUGGAAGUGCCUUCAAUUUUGUAUAUUUAGUAUGUCACAUCAGCCCCUCAGUUUCUUCUUUACAAGAUCUCAGACGGUAAGCCAUGUCCUGAUUAUGAUUUACUGUGAAAUUAAAUCAUUAUUAUAAACUAAUUUCUUUGUUUUAUUCAACGUCUACUGCACAUAAAUAGAGCUCUAUUUUUCACUUGGUCAAAGUUUUAGUAUUUAUUUACUAUUAAACAAUUUUGUUUUGUAAAAUUCUGAGAUUUGUAAAAUAUGCAACAUUCAAAUAAUGCUCCUGAGCGACUUCAUCAAGUUACUACAAUAUAGUCUGGGUGUAAUGCUUAACAUCUUAACAUAAACAGAACGUGAAGAACGUGGUGGAGACUGUGAAAUUCCUGCCAACAAAGCACUUUCACUUCUCCUCCAUUUGUGGAGGGUUGUUUUUGAAACCAUUUUCUUCUUCUUGAGGGUUAAAUUCACAUAAAUUUUGUUCCCUUUUGAUAUUAUGUAAAGCAUUUUAUACAUUGUAUCAAAAAUAACUCCUAUCUGCAGUAGAUGUGGGUGCACGAUCAAGAAAAUAGAUAUUAUUCCGUAUUAUAUAUUAUUUUAGAUAUUUUUCCGUAUAGAGUAAUCCAGUCAUGCACUGUCUGUCUGAAGGAUCUUUGCAGAUUAAAAAUAUAUGUCACAAUUUCCCUUACGUCAUCUAUCUAUUCCUACUAUAGCCACGCAUGUUUUCGGUUCCUGAAAUUAUGACUUCUUCUUUCUUAUCCUCCCUCCUCUGGACAAGCGUUGCAAAAGCAGCCUGUGAAAAAGUUGGAGUUUAGCUAAUGUGUUUAUGAGUGUGCUCUCUUGACUGUUAAAAGGGUUUCAGGUGUUCUGCUGCCUCCUUGUAAGGAAUAUGGAUAAAGUCACAUCUGACGAUUACUGGUCCUAUUCAGACGAUUAUGAGAAUUACACCGUGCCCUCUGACAUGAGCAGGACUCAUGCAGCCCCGUGCUUUCAGGAGAACAUAUACAGUUUUGCACAGAGAUACUCCCCUGUUGUAUACAUUCUGGUGUUUCUCCUGGCUCUUGUGGGCAACGUGCUGGUGCUGUGUGUGAUCCGACGCUACCGAAACUCCCAGAGUGGAGGAGCCUGCGCCUUCUCUUUGACGGACACCUUCCUCCUUCACCUGGCCAUUUCUGACCUCCUGCUGGCCUUCACCCUGCCUCUGUUUGCCGUGCAAUGGGCUCACCAGUGGGUGUUCGGCUUGGCUGUUUGUAAGAUCUCCGGUGCCCUCUUCUCCCUGAACCGGUACAGUGGCAUCCUUUUCCUGGCUUGCAUCAGCUUUGACCGCUACCUGGCCAUUGUUCACGCAGUCAGCUCUGGCUGGAAGCGCAACACCUGCCAUGCCCAGAUUGCGUGUGCCCUCAUCUGGGUGUGCUGCCUGGGCCUGAGUGGAGUGGACAUUACCUUCAAACAGGUAGUGGAGAUGGAUACUGUAGGCCAACAUAGGGCGCUCCUGUGCCAGGUGUGGUUCACUGAAAACUCCACACAGUGGCAGGUGGGGCUGCAGCUGAUCAGUGUGAUUCUGGGUUUUGCACUUCCCUUGCUGAUCAUGCUCUACUGCUACAUCCGCAUCUUCAGGUCUCUCUGCAAUGCCACUCGCCGCCAAAAGCGCAAGUCUCUCCGCCUCAUCAUCUCCUUGGUAUCUGUGUUUGUCAUCUGCUGGGCACCGUACAACUGCUUCCAGCUAACAGAUAGUCUGCAAAAGCUGGGCCUGGUGACUGGAAGUUGCCAGUUUGGCCAUGUGAUGGACAUUGGGACUCUGAUCACUGAAAGUGUGGGGCUGUCGCACUGCGCCCUGAACCCUCUGCUGUAUGGCUUUGUGGGGGUGAAGUUCAGGAGGGAGCUGGCUAGAAUGUGUAAGGGGCUGUUGGUGCAGAGAAGCAGGAUGGGGAUGGAGGGAUGGAGGGAGAGGAGGCCUAGAAGAACCACAGGGUCAUUCAGUUCUGCAGAAAGCGAAAACACCUCCUACUCUGUCAUGGUGUGAAACUGUUUAGACAGAUGAGUGUCAAGAGGUAUGUGAGAUGAGAUUCAACUGUGGUGUGUGUGUGAGGAGGCUUGUGGGUGAGAAGUGAAGAAUGAACUGAAGAUAAGUUAACUGAAAUGACUUCAGAGAAAGAAAUGACUGGAUAUAAAUAUAUGUUCAGUUUAAUUACAACUUUAAAAAUGUUCUCAGAGGAAAAUGUUUUCUGCCUGUGAUGUAUUUCUUCUAUUGGUGCUUUGCUGUCUGUUUGCUGGUAUGGUGCAGCUCACAACAUGUUGUUUUGUUGUUGUUUCUAUUUUUUUUUAAAAGAAUACUGUAGUAAAAUUAUUAAAUGAGGAUGGGGCAUAGAUUAAAGUAGAAUGUCAUGUAACCUUUUGUGAGGAUAAUGGUUAUUUGUUAUUGAUUUUUGUGUCUAUAGGUCAAAUCUUGUGAAACAUCAACAUUGCUCCAUACUCCUAGGUGUAGCCUGUGACUUAGUCAGACUCAUAGCUCACAUCCUUACACAUAGAAGAUCUUUGUCGUCAGAUCCCACAACGUUUGCAGUUGAAAAGCUGUACAUGUUGAAUUUAUAAUUGCUUGCCAUGUAUAUCUGUUCUUGCAGCUCAGUGCUUUAAAAUGGAACUUUGUGUUGCAAAAGAGGAAAUAAAUUCAUUUUGUAAAAACC